AUGAUGCGCUAUUCAUCUUGGGAUAUCAAGCAGAUUUGUGGUUAUAAGAAUGUUGGAUGGACAUUACAACAAUCUUUUGGAAGCUCUGGAGGUAUGUUAAUUCUUUGGGAUAGAGAUUUUGUUGAAGUUUGUGGCUCUCUUGUUGGUGAAUAUACCCUUUCCAUUCACUGUACAAAUAAGUCUGAUAACUUCCAAUGGAUCCUCACAAACGUUUACGGCCCAAAUAAACCAGUUGAGAGAACUGAUUUUUGGAUAGAGCUUGAUGACGUGUAUAGAUAUUGGAGUAAUCUACCUUGGUGUAUUGGUGGUGACUUCAACACAAUAACCAAGUGUGACGAGAAAAAGAAUUGCAGAAAGAUCACAAGAAGUAUGUUGAAGUUCAACAAGUUUAUAGUUGAACAUGAUCUUAUUGACUUACCUUUAAAGGGAGCUAGAUAUACUUGGUCAAAUGGUCAAUCAAACCCUGUAAUGUGCAGAUUAGACAGGUUUCUUAUCUCUCCUUCCUUUGAACAACACUAUCCUCUUGUUUCCCAAUUAGCCAAAGCCAGACCUACCUCAGACCAUAUACCAUUACUACUAGAUAUCUCAGAUCCUACUUGGGGCCCUAUUCCUUUUAGGUUUGAAGUUAUGUGGUUCUUGGAGAACGUAUUUUUACAACUUUUGAAAGAUUGGUGGAGUUCUUUUUGUUUUGCAGGUACUCCUAGCACUGUGUUGUGGCUGAAGCUGAAGGCCCUUAAGGAGAAAUUAAAAAUCUGGAACAAGGAAGUAUUUGGUCACACCAAUACGAGGCUGAAAUCUAUUCUCUACGAUAUUCAAAAACUAGAUGACCUUGCUGAGAAUCAAGUACUCUCUGAAGAGGAAAGGAAUGCACAACUUCAAAACAAAGCGUACUUUGAGAAGAUUACAAGGAUGGAAGAAGUAUCUUGGAGGAUCAAAUCAAACACUAAAUGGCUAAAAGAAGGUGAUAGAAAUACCUCUUUUUUCAUUAGUAAUGCUUCUACAAGAAGACGUCACAACAGAAUUAGGCAACUCUACAUUGGAAGUGAAUUGGUGUCUGACAGAAUCAAGUUGCAAACACAUAUAGUGGAUUACUAUAAAAAUCUCUUUACUGAAGAAGAGAUAAUAAAACCUGACUUGGUGGGUAUUGAGUUUAAUAGCAUUACUCACAUGGAAGCUGAAACCAUAGAUGCUGAUUUUUCUGAAGAAGAGGUUAUUCAAGCUAUAAGAGAUCUAGGCAAUGAUAAGGCUCUGGGUCCGGAUGGGUUCCCUAUCAUGUUCUUUCAGAAGUGUUGGCAUUUCAUCAAGGAGGAUAUUAUGGGAACUGUGAAUUAA